AUGGCAAGGAACCAAAAUCCUCACGCCAUAAUCUUCCCAUAUCCACUGCAAGGUCACGUGAUCCCCGCAGUGAAUUUGGCCAUGAAGCUCGCAUCAAAAGGCCUCACAAUCACCUUCGUCAACACCCACUCCAUCCACCACCAAACCUCCAAAGCCAACACCAACGGUAACCCUAACCACCAUGACCUCUUCGCCGCCGUCAAGGACUCCGGCCUCGACAUACGCUACACGACGGUUUCCGACGGUCUUCCGGUGGAAUACGACAGGUCCCUCAACCACGACGAGUUUAUGGAAUCUUUGUUGCAUUUCAUGUCGGCUCAUGUAGAAGAGUUGGUUGCAAAGAUUGUGAAGAGUUCGGAUCCACCCGUGACUUGUUUGAUUGCUGAUACCUUCUUUGUUUGGGCAUCCACCAUAGCCGACAAGUUUGGGUUGCUUUGGGCGUCGUUUUGGACGGAGACUGCUUUGGUUUUCACUCUAUACUACCACAUGGAUCUUCUCAGAGACAACGGCCACUUCGACUCUAAUGAUGGCAGGAAAGACCCCAUUGACUACGUACCUGGAGUGGAAGCAAUUGAUCCAAAGGACACAGCAUCGUAUCUUCAAGAAGCAGAUACAUCCACAGUGUUGCACAAAAUAUUAUUCAAAAUGUUCCAUGAUGUAAAGAAUGCAGAUUCUGUGCUAUGCAAUACAGUGGAAGAGCUUGAGCCCAAUGUCAUAGCAGCAUUACAAGCCCACCAGCCAUUCUAUGCCAUUGGACCCCUCUUCCCAUUUCGUUUAGCCAAGGGCCCAGUAGCAACAAGCUUAUGGCCCGAGUCAGAUUGCACCCACUGGCUCCAGUCCAAGCCUCAUGGUUCAGUCUUGUAUGCUUCUUUUGGUAGCUAUGCCCAUGUCACUGAAAGGGAUCUUGUAGAAAUUGCAAAUGGGCUUUUGCUCAGCAAAGUGAGUUUUAUUUGGGUCCUUCGGCCCGAUAUUGUGAGCUCAGAAGAUGUUGACCCACUACCCAUUGGGUUUAGGGAAGGGGUUGGUGAUCGUGGGUUGAUAGUACCAUGGUGUUGUCAAACCCAGGUUUUGGCCCACCCUGCAAUUGGUGGGUUCUUGACUCACUGUGGGUGGAAUUCCAUCUUAGAAAGCCUUUGGUUUGAGGUUCCAUUGCUGUGUUUUCCUCUGUUGACCGACCAAUUCACCAAUCGAAAAAUAGUGGUAGAUGAUUGGAUGGUUGGGAUUAAUUUGACCGAUCAAAAGGUGAUCACAAAAGAGGAGGUCUCGAAGAAUGUCAACCGUUUGAUGGAUGGAAAAUUAGGAGACCAAUUGAAGGCUGCACUAAGGGAGGUUAAUCUGAAAUUAGAAGAUGCACUGAAGCCCAACGGAUCUUCUGAGAAAAAUAUAGAAUGCUUCGUCAAUGACCUUGUUGUAAGAAAAUAG